UCACUUCCUCAUUGUCUUUCAGUUUGCUGCCUGAGGUUGUAUUAUAUCCUUGGUCAACAUGCUUGUUCUUAAAAGUUUUUUGUCACUAUUUUUCCUGUUUUUUUCAAGUUCAUAUGCUCUGUAUGGCUAUGCUGUGGUCCGCUGCCAGUUCACCUCCACCCGUGAUUUGGUGUAUCUGGAGCAAUUCUACUUUAACAAGGUCUUGCUGGGCCAGUACAACAGCACGUUGGGAAAGUAUGUUGGCUACAGCAAAAAAGCAAAGGAAAUUGCAGAUGAUCUCAACAAAAGCUUACGCAUUCUGGCGCAAGCGAAGAAGAAUGAAGAGAAAUGCCGAGAUAACAUCAAACCACUCUUAAAUCUAACAAAUCCAGUUGAACCCUCUGUCAGGGUGAGGCCGGUUGAGAUACGGGACAGUAAACAGAACACGUUCUCAUGCAGUGUGUACGGCUUUUAUCCCAAACAAAUUAAUCUUACAUGGCUGAGGGAUGAAAGGAAGGUGACAGAUGGUGUGACAUACACGGACGUGCUGUCCAGUGGAAACUGGCUCUACCAGAUCCACUCCUACCUGGAAUUCACCCACAUACCUGGACAGAAAAUUGCCUGUCAGGUGGAGCAUGCCAGCCUCAAGGAGCCAAAGAAUUAUUACUGGGAGCCAAUGGGUGAGGCUAAAUGGAACAAGAUCGCUGUUGGGACAUCAGGGCUGCUGAUUGGUCUGGUGUUUUUUCUUGCUGGACUGAUAAUGACUCUCUGUAGGAGCAGCACUAAUGGUCGGGUGUUGGUGUCGACAGGUUAAAAUGCCUUCCAUUUAAGGUGAAGCAUUCAUCGCUCCUUGCAUUUUCUAAACCUUAAUGCCACUCUUGGCCUUCAGGCUCUGUGGUCAGAAAUAUGGGUGUGCAGUGGUUAAAUAUAGCUUUUUCCAGGGGGAUUUCCAAGGAAAAGCCUUUUGUCCCCCUCAUUGACUUGGGGAAAGUUAUAGAUGCUCUGGUGUAGACUAUUGAACGCUCUCUAUCUCAGUUAAGAUCAAUCUUAUCUGCAAUGCUUGCCAAUAAUUCAGAAUGCAGAAGGUCCUUUUUCCGCCGGCGCUUUUACAAAAUAGUAUGAUCACGUAAUCAUUCUUCUCCACUGGCUCCUUAUCAGACUCUGAAUUGAUUUUCAGAUGUUUUUGUUCACUUUUUAAAGUUUUAAAUGAGUUGGCGCCUUCUUGUUUAUUAAAAUCCCCUGCACAUCCAUACCCCCGUAAGAGCAUUGCAGUCAACCAGCAAGCAGCUUCUAGAUGUUUCAAGAUGCAAACUAAAACACAGAGGUAAUUGAGCAUUUACAGAUUUGGCCAAAAAUUCAUAAAAUAUGUUGAAAUCACUGCUAAAGACUCUUUUCUGCACCAUUGCUUUAAAUUUUGUGUAGAGUAUGUCACCCAAACACACCGGGAUGUAAUGGUCCUCUAUUUUGCUGCUAUUCUUAUGUUGUUGUUGUUUAAACCCUGCCUUACUGUUUUUUAAUUCUGAUUUUUAUUUGAUUGCAAAGCUCUGUAGUUAGUUAAGUUGUUUGUUGAUGUUCUAAAUAAUUUGACCUUCACCUUGUUCAGAGCUGCUGGACCCUAUCCAACUGUCAUAAGAUAAGAGACAUGGUAUACUUGUAUCUUGGGAAGGGUCAUCAGCCCAUCAAAGGACUACAGAGAGACACAGUUGUACUCUCACACUCUUAUGGAACAUUUUAAAUAGUAAAUUUACUUUGGACUAGGGAAGGAAGCUGCAGUAACUAGGGAAAACCCACAUAGGCAAUGGGGAAACACCUCCAGAUGGGAUUCAGGCUUAUGCUGUAAGGAAACAGUGCUAACCACCACACCACCCUCCGACUUUGGAUUAAAUAUUUAUCAUCAAACUAAAAAGUGAAAUGAUCAGAAAAUUGGAUGGUCCAGGCACAAAGGUAGUGAAAUAGGCAAAUGCAGGUUGGUAUGCUGCAUAUAUGUUGCAUACAUAUAUGCCUCUGAUUUGUGAAGCAAUAUCUACUGUAAUAAUAUUCAUGCACAUAUGUUUUGUCGGUAGCUGAAUUUCACAAUGACUUAAGAUUAAUUUAUUUCAUGAAAUUGAUUUUAAAUUAAAGAAUGAGGUGUGAAGGACCAAUUGCCCUAAUUUGGUCAUUUCUUUAUUCGAUUACUUCUCUUAUAUAAAUAUUUAUGAUUAACAUUAUUUUUAGCACCUGUCUUUAAUGUAAACGAUGACAGAAACUUUAUUUUGAAAAGGACUUUUAUUUUGAAUAUUCGGACAGGAUAUCCUCCUUUUUGUUGGUAUUUGCUGCUGCAGCUGCUGCGUAUGGUAUGUAUGUGCAGGUGCUUUACUAAAGGGGCGGAGAUUUCAACUGAUUUUUUUUUAUAGUGCCUCAGUUAGAGAGGAAAAGAUAAUGUUAUCAAUGAAUACGUUUGUAAAUAUUUGAUUGAAGUGUGUUGUAAAAUGAAUAUAUGUUUACUGCAGCUCUUAUGGUGCGAAGGAACUUAAUAAACUCCUGAACAUCAGUUAAAGACUCAAUUGUUUCCCCCUGAGGACACUAGUUUUCAAGUUUCAAGUUUAGUUUAUUCAUACAUAGCCAUUACAAUAAACGUAUGUAAUUGAGAGCAAUCAGACAUCUAUAAUGGUCCUUUGGCAUGUAUGAAUGGGUCCCCCAAAGUAAGCUAUUGAAAGCUUUUGGGAGGGCGCCCAAAGUUCAUGAAGGAAAAAAUUAAAAUUACAGUGCAAUGUGGUACCGUUGGGAAUAUGAAAACAGUAGAUAUUACAAUACAGACAAUCAAACAUACAAAUACAUACAAUCAUUCAUACAGUCAUCCCACGUCAUGUGGCAAGGGUAUUUUAUAAAUAGGUAGACAGUAAAUUUACUUUUAGAUUUCUUUUAAAAAUGGAGAGAGAACACAGCAUCUUCAGGUCGUCAUCAAGUCUGUUCCAGAUCUGAGGGCCUGCAGGCAACACUCAUACCAGUGCAAUGUAAACGCUGUUGUUUACCUGUUAUGAGGUGUUUGUUCCUGGUUUGGUGUUGGUGAUGGGGGUGCCAGAUAUGGGGCAGGCCGGUCAGUCUGGGGUUUAGACCAUUUACAACUUCAAACAUUAUGCAAGCAUUAUGGAAGAGAUUGAAUUCAAUAAGUCUUAGAAGACCAUGGCGAUAGAAAAGUGAGCGAGUGGGAGUAUCUACAGUAUAGCAAUACAAGACAUGGCACGUAUGACUUUCUUUUGUAGGCUCUCAAGUUUUAGAAGGUACCUGGGAAAAGUGUUUGACCAUAUGACAUUACAGUAACUCCAACUAGGUUCAAAAAGAGUUUUGUACAUAGUAAUUAAAGCAGAUAAUGGAAGAGAAUGUCUGAGCUUGUAGAAUAGACCAACAUAUUUUGAUAACUUCUUUGUCAGAUGAUCAAUUUGGCAUUUAAAGUUGACAAACUCAUCAAUAUGGACCCCCAGGAAUUUAGUGGAGUUAACUCUUUUGAUCUCCUGACCGUCAAUAUUGAUAUGUAGCAUUUCAAUAUUAAUUUUCUUCCUGUUUGAGCGAAAUAAAAUAUAAUUAGUUUUGCUAAUAUUAAGUGACAGUUUAUUACUUUUAAACCAGGCAUCCACUUUGAUUAGCUCCGUGUUUACAGUGUCUUGGAGAGUGAGUAGGUUUCUAUGUGAGGUGAACAGACUUGUAUCGUCAGCAAAAAUUACUUUGUGAAAGCUACUGGUGGAAUUUACAAAAUCAUUAAUGUAUAAGAGAAAUAAGAGUGGACCCAAAAUUGAGCCCUGGGGAACCCCAUACUUUAUGUGUGUCACAGAGUCACCACUUACCAGUGGAAAGUGAGGUGCUUGGGUUUUGCAGCUCACAACAGCAACUUCCUGUUUGCCAUGUCCCUAAAGAUUUCAACCACGUCACUGUGGUUGAUCGGAACGUCCUUCUCAAUUCCCAAUAAUAAUAUUCUGUCAACCUCAGAAGGAAUAAGGCCAGUGUGCUUAACACACAAACAGUGAUGCACGGGGAAAAUCCAAAAUCCACAAAGGGAAGUGGAAGACCUCCAUGCAUGUUUUGUCCAUAGCCAUCAGCUUUAUAGCUGCUCUGAGUUCUUUAAGAGAUCUCUAAAUGAACAACGACAAUACAUCAAAGAAAAGGGAUUGUGUUAUGGAUGUAUGGAAAUCGGCCACAAUGGAAAAGACUGCUGGCAUCGCCUGUUUUAAUCAGAAUGUUAGUUCUCUAGCACACUGGACUAAAUGUUAUGAAUGUGGUAUGGUUUUGAUACGGAAGGUCUGAAAGCAAUUUAAUUUUGGCUGUUAAAAAAUAUGUUACAUAAUAAAUGGUGGUUAUGAGGUUUGCAGAUUCAUUUGUAUAAUUAGUGUCCCAGCCAAGAAA